AUGACUAUAUCAGGGCCAGAAUUCGCGCUGAACGAUGAUGAAACCGAAUUUACAGCGUUGUCCUCCAUAACCAAUACUGGCUCGGCGCACGACAAAGCAGACAUGACGCCUGCUAUCGAGGCUGCACUUGCGCGACAUGAUCAGCGAGACUCGUACGCUACGGCGCCAAUGUCCAUUUAUGCCGUCUUGCGGGCCGAAUGUCGACGUCGUCUCUACGUGCAUCCGAUUGUCUGGACGGCACAUCACCUGGAGCUGCUGGGCGCCCGCCUUGACGCUGUGAUUCGACUCGAUCGCCAGUCAGCCGGGCACGUCCAGGCUACUUCCGAUAUGAGCGACGACCAAGCGCGGGAAUUGAAACCUCCCUGGUGCAAUAGAGCCAGUCUCCAUGUAGCGAGAUCCUUGGUGAGACGGCACGACCCGUAUCAGCAGAGAGCGGCGCUGGGAGAGCUACUACGAACCUAUGGGCUGCAACAGGUUGGCAUGGGCAGGACGGGGGAUCGAAUGAUGGUCUGUACCAACUUUGACUCGAUAUCGGAAUCGCGACACGGAUGGGUGCAAGGAGGGGAGUCGAGGGUCCGCCUAUACGACCGCGGCGACACCGCCGGGUACAUCAUGCGGGGCAAGAAGUUGAAGGCGCUGCAGCCGGCGGAGGCGCAUCAGGAUCCGUACAUCUGGGGUCUGCUCAUCGCGUUGGCGCAGGCGCAGAGGAGGAGGCAGGCGGCGGUGCCUGACGACGCUGUGGCGCGCUGGAGGUUGUGCCUGCUCGCCCUCCCAGGUGCCGGCGCGCGGCAGCUGUACUGCUACCGCGGCUGGGUGCCCGCGGCGAUGCUACGUAGAUUGGACGAGCCGUCGGCUGAGGUGGCAUACACUUAUGGCAAGGGCGGUUUUGUCAAACCGAAGCCACGACCUGGCAACUGGGCUGCUGGGCUCGCUUACCAAGAUUCGACCCCCCCGCCUCCCUACCUCGAGUAUAUUCCCGUUUACGGUGAAUGGGAACGAAAACGCUACCCCAACUGGCCCGAUGCCAGAUUCCAGAUGCCCGCUACAAAGGAGCAUGCUGGGCAGGUCUACUACCUCCGCAAGGGAGAAUUGGUCGGUUUUGGAACCACUGCGCUGGUAGAACGACUGCCCUCGGGCAAUGCAAUUGUGAAGACGCCUCUGCAAAACCCCCUCAGCCCGGCCGAAGAGCGCAUGAACCGCGAGGCUGUGGCUCGCGAAGCUGAGGUCUAUCAACGCCUGAGUAGUGGCGACGGGAACGACAUACUGACGAUCCCGAAAUUCCUAGGCUGGGAUGCCCAGACCUGCACGCUGAUCCUCGAACAUCAGUCCAACGGAGAUCUGGCUACAUACUUCAGGGACAAUGACGCCGCGAGCGGUGUGGACCUUGAAACUCGUGGAAAGUGGGCGACUCAGGCAGCGCGAGCGCUGGCGAGUCUUCACGACAAAGAAGUCAUCCACGCCGACGUCGCCCCUCGGAAUUUUCUCUUGAAUAGCAGCUUGGAUCUGUGUAUCUGCGAUUUUGCUGGGAGUAUCUUUUCUGGGGGCCCAGAGAAAACAGGUGCCCCGGGAUCGAGGUAUCAGGCAGGACCUUGGGGGAGGGGCUAUGUACCUACCAAGGCUGACGACCUUUUCGCUCUUGGAUCGGUACUGUACUUUAUUAUGACUGGCAAUGAGCCCUACAUUGAUCUGACGGAUAUUGAGGUUGAGCGCCGCUUCCAAGCAGCUGAGUUUCCCGAGACGAGCUCCAUCCCAUACGGUAGGGUUAUAGAUGACUGUUGGCACGGUAGGCUUACUACUGCCCACGCCGUGGUGCAAGCUUUGAAUAGCGAGAUGGGUAUAAGGACUGAGAAAGUCGUCCAUAGUGUUCCUCGUCUAGCCGUAAUCUAA